ACCCUGUAGAGUGGGAAAAAAACGAGCAGAGCACAACAACAAUGUGGCAGGAUUCAGAUUCAGAACCUGCGGCCCACAUGUCCAACCCAGUGGUAACCAGUCAACCGGGCGCCGGCGGCUAUGGCACCAACGUUCAAACGGGACAGUGGAGCACGGGCCUCUGCUCUUGCUGCAGUGACUUAUUGAUUUGUGCUUUCGGCUGCUUCUGCCCAUCCAUACUGGGCUGCUACACUGCGGACAAGUACGGUGAAAACUGCUGCUUGGGCUUCGUGCCGGGCGGCUUGACGGCUAUGAGGACUCACAUGAGGCUCACGUAUGGCAUCCAGGGGACAGUUUGCAACGACGCACUCAUGUCGUGCUUCUGCGGCCUCUGUGAGUUGUGCAGAAUGGCCAGAGAGAUCCGCAUCCGGAAUGGAGAAACUUUGCCGUAAUGGCAACGGUAGAGCAAAGGAAUGCUUGUGCCCCAAAGAAGAGAUACAAUAAAGAUUUUUUUUUUUUUUUCCAAACAAAUCAUCGUGUAGGUUCCCGACCCCAAAAGAUUUGGACUUGGUUGUUUAUUUCAUUAAAAUGAAACAUGCAGAGAAUUCUGCAGCUGACCAAAGAUGAAUGUAAAUUAAAUGCAUUUGCACUGAAAUUCAACAAUGCACAUUGGGAUCAUAAUAAAGAGGGUUUUGUGAACUUGAAA